GUCGAAAAAGGGGCAAAUGUAUCACUUUGUCUCAGAGCGAACAGCGGAAGUACGCGUCUCCGAGAACGUGCUGAUUCCCAGCAAGACGACGCAGUACUUAAAGAGCUUUCAACUCGAAGCAGUGCGUUUUCUCUAUAAGCGUCUGUCCCAACAAGAGUUUUGCAUUUUGAAUGAUGAGAGCGGUUUGGGCAAAACAGCGUCUGUUGUGGGCCUGUUAAGCGGACUGGGAACGGCCAAGAAGACGCUAGUUGUGUUGCARAACGAUGAGCAGUUGCUGGCUGGCUGGCAGUUUCACCUGGGAGUGCUCACUGAUUUGCCCGUAUGCGUUAUUAAGGAUGUUAAUGACACCACAGAGUCGGCGCAUAGCGUUUAUCUGAGCAAGUGGAGUGUAUUACGCAGCAUAGGCGAUCUCAGCAAGCUGAAUUUUGACUAUAUCAUUGUAGAUCAUCGCGGAUACACAUUAAAUAAUAACUUUUGCACUUCCAUGCUGCUGAAGCAAUUCGAAGGCAAAGUGAACAUUGUGAUCUCUAGUGUGGACAUAACGUCUGACGUUAAGUUGCUCUAUAAGGUGAUGCAAUUGGGAGGCUGUUUGGAUCAUCAAUUCAAUAGCUUUAGAAGUUUCGAGAGCAAGUUUCAUCUACCAGAUGUUCAGGAGGUGCUAAGCAAGCGUGUCGAUCUCGAGGAGUACUAUAAGCAGCGGGGUAUCCUCGGCGAAUACAUCAAGGAUUAUCGUCUUCGUCGCUACCGCCAUCAGUUCGAUUCAUGCCUGCCUCUUGUCACGGCCGAGCAAUACAAGAGGAACGUCUCUCUGUGGCUGGGCGAGAACAAUAGUAACAGCACAAUAAGUGACUCUACUGUAGGAUCAAAGACAUCAGAAGUUCCCUCCACAGGCGACACGGAUGAAAUCUUUGAUUGUCUAUUAAGCCUUCAACAGGAGCGACAGUUGGCGGAACGCCAGGAGCCAGAUAAAAUAUCGCUGUCUGAGCACAGUGAUGACGUGAUUGCCAUGGAGCCUUUGAUUUUGGAGUCCGAAUCAGAACCUGAGGUUGAAGCGGAUGCCGAUGCGAACAAGUGCAGCACUAAUGUGGUAUUGCUUUCCAGCGAUGAUUGCGAAAUUAUUGAGUCGUCGCAAUCGGCGCCAAUGACAUCGAACUCACCAGCCAAACGAAAAUACACGAAACGUGUACAAGUUCCAAACUUAGUGGAGCUGACCGAAUCGGAAACGGAAGAGCCACCUAAUACAUCGACGAUAACAAGGAAAGUACUUAACGUGAGGCUAAGACGAGCUUCCAUACAGAGCAACCCCACAAACUUAGCAAAAGCGUCGGAGCUGCCGACGAGAACUGUCAAGGCUUCGCCUAAGAGAUCACCCAAUUCUCCGCGUAAGCCGAAGUCACCUAUAAAACCCGAGCCGAAAACUCCGAAACGUGACACAUUGUUGCCAGUUACGCCUAAAACUGAGCCAAGGUCAGGACGCUCUAAUGGAAAUAAAAACGUUGACGUGGAACCCAGACAGACGCGUGGAAUGCAAAGGUUAACGCGUUCGGCGGAGUCACGGUCGAACAGCAAGUACAUGACGCAGCUGAAGGCGCUGGACUAUGAGAAGAAAGGGACACCCAGAAGAAAACGCAAUUCCGGCGCUAAUCAAACGCCCAAAAGUAGCAAGGUCAAAAAGGAGAAGGCUACUGUGAAGCAAGAGAUUGCAAUCACGCCUAGGACAUCAAAGACAACGCCAAUGAAAAUGAACCAAAAGGAACCAGAACCCAAAAGGACGACCAGGAGCCGAGCGGAAAAGGAACAUUUUUCGAAUAAGCUGACCUCUUUGCCUGACAAUAAAAAAGUCGAAAAGGUAACUUCUAAAACGAUUAAGGCUCCGACCGCUGCCACCUUGAAGCCAUCGGAAUCUGCUCCCAAUAACGAAAGAAAGAGCAAGGCCAGUCCAAAAGUUGUAACGGCUUCAUCAGAAGUUACGCCCGAUCUACCGAAUUCUCCUCUUGGCAGUCAAAAAAAUUGUUUGACCAGCUCGAAACCCGUGACAGCUGCUCUCGCUGCAACGCCUGAGAUACUAAGCUCUGGUUCCAUUUUGUCUGAUAACUCGUAUUUGCAAUGCGCACAAAAGCUCCCAGAGAACCUCGCAGAACUUGAGGCUUUGGAACUGCCCGAGUUUCGGGUGCCGCACGCACCGCCGACAACUCAGCUGCUGUUGCCGGUGAACCUGAAUCUGCUUAGUGGCUCCGAGGUGGCUGUCGUGCCCAGUCCAAACCCAAAGCCAGAUGUCGUGGUGAUCAAUAGUUCCCAUGAUGAGAGCUCGCAGCCAUCGACUAAGCCAUCGCAAUCCCGGCGCACUCGAGCAUUGAAGAGGAAGUCUGUAGCUCCUGCCAAGGAGCAACAGUCCCAGCCGACCACCUCCCGAUUCGGCCUCAUGCUGGCCCAGCACCGCGGCUCGGUGAACAAAUCCCCAGACAUCUUCAGCAACUGCUCGGAAGCGUCGCAAGUUUCGCUAGCCCAGCCUGUGCCAUUUGAGGGCUUCAAGAUAUUCGGCUCGGAGGUGAGGCAGUCGCAUCAGCAGCUGCAUGACAAAACAGGUGUAGGCAUGCCGGCUAAAAGGAAGCGCGAACGCUCCUGCCUGGAACUUUUGGAGAAAAUGUUUGAGCCCCAUCAGGCUAAUCAUAACGAGCCGGGUGUUCAAUUGCUGGCGGAUCUGCCCAGUCCCAAGCAGCAGCUACCACAGCGUCGGUUCACCUUGCUGGACGACGACAUCUUCGAGAUAACUAAUAAUGGGGAAUUCGGCAGUCGCCUGCGAGUUGACUCCACAGGCAACGUGUCGCCCGUGCAGCCACAGCAGCUGGCACAGCGUAACAAAAUCACAAACUAUCUGAUCAGCUCUGGUGGUGCUCCGGAGGAUACUGGCCAGCGUACCCAAUCCAGCCAAUUGCUGCGCAAGUCACCCAAACCGGUCAAGUCCACGCAAUCUACAAAGCUGACGCGCUGGUUUGGCACGGCCAUCUCAGGCGGAUCCCAGAGCGCGCCUAGCACACCUGUGUUGCCUACCGAGGCAGCCGAACGCGCCCGAUUGGCGCGCAGCGCGGGAGCGAAGAAACGCAAGCGACUAGUGCUGGACAAGUGACUCGAUAUCGAUAUCAAGUUGACGACGUGAUCUAUUCAAAAGACUCGAGAGACUCAAGACUAUGUAGCGAGUCGAGCUAAGAAAAUUUGCCAAAACUCUUAUCAAAAUCUAAGUCCCAUUGUCUAACAACCCAACCAGACUUAGUUAUCAACUUUUU